AAAAGGCAGAAGCAGAAACCACUGAGACAGUGACAAUAAAAGUUAAACCAAACUUCAACAAAAUAAUACACUUUGAAGUUUGGAGCUUAUGCUUAUCCAUGAGAGAAAGAGAAAGAGAGAUCAACACAUAGAGAUUGUUGUUGAUUAAGAGAGACAUGUCACUGUCAGGGAACAAACCCAUAGAUAUAAAGCUGUUAUGCCCUUCACUCUCAAAGGGAACUCAAGUGGUUGCUUGGGAUGAACAAAAAAUCGACCUUGGUUUUAUAGCUCGAGUUUUUGGGAUCGACCCAUCAACGUUGAAGCUGAAUGGUCACUUUAUAAGUAGAGGAAUGGACCUUAUCUCUUCCUCUGUGACUUGGAAGUCUUUGCUCUCUUUCUUCUCUGCUAAAGGGUUGUCCACUGGGAAAGAUUACACUGAUCCUCUUGUCGUCACUGGCAAGCUCUGCAAAGUUGGCAACAAGAAGAGAGGAUAUGACUCGCAAGAUUUACAAAAUGUGAAUGGCAAGGUGAUGGAAGGUGAGAAUGCUGGUAGCAGUAGAGGGAUUCAAGUAGAAGCUAUCAACUUGCUCAAGAAUAAAAAGUUGAGAGAGAACAACUCAGGUGGGAUUCUCAAUGGCCUAAGCUGCAAGAGAAAGCAAUUGUUGGAAGAUGUCAACCUAUUCAAGAAGCUAAAAAUAAAUGAGGACAAGUCAGAUACUGGAGAUGAAGUGAAUGACCUCUCUGGCAGCAUUUCACGCAGCCAGUUUACAUGCAGUUACACGAGCCAGAAUAUGAAGCGGAUAAGAGAAGAUGAGGCAAUUGUGGCAGCUAAUUACAAAAGGAUUAGAUAAUUUCUCAUAUAAAAUAUGGGAAAAGUAUUUGUCAUUUUCAAUGACAUAAAGUUAUGUCAUUUUAA